AUGUGGACUGACGAUCAACUACGUUUAUUAAUAGACGAAAGAAAAAACAAAAAUCCACAGUAUCAUGAUAUCCCGGCAGUAGUAGGGUGGAUUUUUGGAACAACAUCGCAAAUACAAUCAAUGCACGGUUUAGAACCAGCUAUACAGGAUCUCAAUGUAAUAGUAGGGAUUGCAAUGUCAGAAAUACAUAAAUACUUCGUACGUGGAGAAUCCAGGUGGAAUAUAACGGAUUUUUUAAACGAGUGUGAGCUUGAACCAUUCGAACAAAAGAUAUAUUGUUAUACUAAAAGCCUCAAAAACAUCUCUAAUAAUGUAAAAGACUGCAGGCGCAAAAGCGCACAAUGGUUGUCUGACGCUCAGGUAGUGUUAGGGCGCAGAGAUGACCUUCUAGGUUUUCUGUCGUUCAAGGCUUCUAGCCGACCUGAUACUAGCCCCGUUGAAGCAGCCGAGGCAACGGAUGAAAAUUAUAGGAAAUUGGAAUGUUUUAAAUCAAGAAUAGAACCUUAUACUGAUUACAAAACAUCGAGGAAGUGGAAUAAGGAGCGCUCUAAUAAACAACUUCACCUCCACCACUCAACAUUCAUGGAUCAUGGUAUUGGGACUAUAAAUGGCGGAACAGUCGGAACUAUAAAUGGGUUCUUCGCCACUAGAUCUUCAAUGAGAGAGAUUCCCAAUCUACAGAAUAAUGAUGACCCAAAACGGAGAAAGAUCGAUGGUGAGAAUCCUCCUUCACCACGAACACCCGAAAAUCAUAUAUUUUCUUCAAAUUUAAUCAUUUCUCCAACUACAAGAAGUGAAUGCAAUGAUGAAGAAACUGACAGUGAUGGUUUUGAUGCAGAUAAGAGAGAUCCUAAUAAUUAUACGUUUGAUGAGUUUGUGGAUGGUAACGAUGAAUAUGUAAGUGAUGAUGACGAUGAUCAAGAGAGAGUUUUCUUGAACGAUUCGGAUGCAUUUGAUGAAAAUGGUGAUGAUAAUCCCUAUAUGUUUCAAGAGAAGAAUAUAUCUGCGCUAUUUACAUCAUAUCGUUCGAGAGCAUGGCAAAUGGCACGGGAAUCGGGUUUAUCUAUUGAAGACUACCAUGAGAUAUUGAGCUUAUCGCAUAUUUUAUUAUUACAAGCCGAUAACUUUUCAGAUCUGCAGAUUAAACAAUUUUCCAGAGAUACUCUAGUAGAUUUUCAUAAACAUAUGCGCAAUACGUGUAUAGUAAAAACCAAGGUCGCACAAGGCGUAAAGACGAUAUUUCGAGAAUGUAUUGAGAUUGCACUUGAUGAGGCUCUCGGGCUGAAAGAAGCGGAAAAAGCUGUAGAACAGUCGUUCACAAAGUCUUUUGAUUGUCUUAUUGAUCGAAAAAGUUUGAAAGGAUGCGCUGGCUAUAACACUUUUAUCUAUCUCAGAACGAAAAAUAUCCCUGUUAAGCUAUUGAAGGACCUUCUCAGUGAGGGCACUCUGACUGUCAACAUCAUUAGCCCCAUAUUGCGUUCCUUCUUUCAUGAUUCUUCAAUACAUCCAGCCAUAUGGCCAAACACUGCCAGUAUGAGCGCCAAAGUCCGUAAACUUGCCAAUCUAGAUCCUUCACGAGCAAAGCAACCAGACAUGAUCGGUAAUGUUGUGAAUAACAACAAAUCUAAAUACGAAAUGAUGUUUUGCGAGAUUACAGGGGAUGGAAAAAACAAUAACAAAAAGAAAAACAACAUAGAUCUUAUCAGACUAGGCAUUUUCAUGAAGGAUGCUCUAGAUCUUCUCAUAAAGAAGACAGGAAAAAAUCAUACAACUUUUGCGUGGCAAACAAUUGUGACAAUAUGGACAGGUUAUAUCAUGGUUUUGACUGCCUCAGGAUUAUAUAUUAUGUUCGAUAUUGGCGAAACCAAACUUCCCGAGUCUAUUCAAACCUGUGGACAAUUUAUUGACGGCAUUGACAAUUUGUUCACAUUCACUGAGAAAUAUGAGUAUGAAGUACAAAGGCUUCGUGAUGAUAUUAACAAAAAGGAAGAAAAUAUCGAUAUUCCUGUAGAAAUCAUCAAUCAGUUGCGAGCUACACUGGGAACACAGUUUAAAGAAAUAAUCAAAGAUCGUAAAUAA